AUUAACAAUUUUCAACAAUGUUGAAAGUAAUUAAUAUAAUUUCUCAAAACCAACUAUUUUCAAUUAAAUAACAUUUAUAAAAUAUUGAUUCAUUAUAAAAUGCUUUAAUCUAAUCUCAUUAGUCAAACGAACGCUUUUUUAAGAGUUCAGUUUUAUAAUAUUGAACGCACCUUUCAUUUAAUGUCUUUUUGUUUGUUAUUAAUCAGUGUGUAACAUCUGGAUGAUAUAAACCCAAUAAUUCUAGUAUUCAAAAAUGAAUGAUCCAACGAAAAAAAUGAAAAAUCCUUUGUUUAAUGUAUCUGUGACAGGAGGAACUUUUGAGGAUUUUUCUCAAAACGCUAUAUUAUUACCAGCUAAGGAAAAACCUCCUCUUCCCACUCUUAACCUCACUCCAGAGCAACUUUUGAGGGAAUUAUUACCAGAUUCAAAAUCAUCCGAGGGAGUGAAUAAUCAACCAGUAGAACCUAUAUCAGGCGAAUUUACUUAUUCAAAUCCUCAGCCCAUUGUAUACAACCAAAAUAUAUCUGAAGUACGACCAUCUCCUAACGUGAACUAUUCUCAAGAACUUCCUGAUAUUUCAACUUUACAACCCCAUUUGAAUCAAAACACGAAUCAUACUUCAUCAGUGUUUUCCUCUUUUUCUAACAUAUUGAAUAUUGGAGGUUCGAAUAAUAAUUCGAAGAAAGAGGAAGUUACAGUGCCCGCUCCCGCGGGAAUUGAAGAAUUAAUUAAUCAGGGUACCUGUAAUUCUGAGCCUGUACCUUUAUUUUCCACAAAUACUUCCGAGUUCGUUCAACAAAAACCUCCAACCACUACAGGCCCAGUAAAUGUUUUCAGAAGACCCGGUCUAAAACGACCAGCAUAUGCUCAGAUACCAGGCCUGUCAAACGAUCCUGUACCCCCGCAGAAUAUUCCUCAGAAUCUACCACCACCAAAUUUACCUCCUCUACCAGUAUCUUCUCAUCCAAUCCCCCAAAACUAUUUUGUACCGUCAGCUCCUUCUCCAGUAAACUCAGUUUCUUCUAUCAGUAGUAUCGAGCCUGCUAUUCAGAAUUUACCAAACUACUUCAAACCUAUAUCCCCGCCACCUCCUAACUUACAGGCUUCGUUUAAUAUUUCUGAACCAUUAAUACCUGUACCAGUUCAACCAGCUCAGUUUUCCUUUUUCUCUGGAAGUUCUCACAACAUAAUACAGAACACACCAGUUAUGGACGCCAUUCCAACGAACGAAUUUUCUAAAAAAUCCCAUAUGGAACAGACUUCUUCAUCCAAAACAGUAACAACUGUUGGUAAUGGAAAUAGUGUUAAUCCCGUGAUUAAUCAGGUUUAUAGACCUGUUUACCACCAUUGGUUUUUUCAAAAAGAAGUGGAAGGUAAAAAAAAUUGGCAACCCUUUUCAAUGGUAGAUUCUUUGUGUCUAGAACAAGCAUUCACUUCAAAUGACUUAGAUCCAGAUAAAGUAAUAGCAACAGAUGGUGGACGUUAUGACGUGAAUAUUUUAAGAAGACAACGACAUCCAGUAUAUUGGAAAGGAACUCCCAACGAAGUUAGACGAUGCUCCUGGUUCCACAAGAACAGCACUGACGGUAAACUUAUUCCAUAUGAAGAGAAUAUUUCUACAAUGCUAGAAGAAGAAUAUAGGUCUGCUUUUGAGACUAAUAAUUGGCAUAGGACGAUUGAGUUGUCUCGAGGAGAAUCAAUUGUUUUCCACGGACCAGAUGUUAUGGUUCUUUUUUCACCUUCCCAAACUCCUGACUCCUGGAGUCAAACAACUAAUCAAUCCCGGCCUAGGGUGGUUAAACGAGGAAUGGACGAAUUUGAUAUAGAUGACGGGGAACCAGCUCAAGUAGACCAUAUUCUAUUCAUAGUACAUGGUAUUGGCUCUGUUUGUGACUUGAAAUUCCGCUCAGUAGAAGAAGUUGUGGACGAAUUUCGACAUAUAUCUCUUCAGCUAGUCCAGUCUCACUAUAGAUCCUCAUGUGAUCAAGGAAAAGUUAAUAGGGUCGAAGUUUUGCCUGUUAGUUGGUAUGAUAGGUUACAUUCAGAGGAAACAGGAAUAGACGAACAACUGAAGAGUAUUACUCUCAAGAGUUUAUCGAAGUUGAGAAAAUUUACUAAUGAUACUUUAUUGGAUAUCUUGUUUUAUACUAGUCCUGUGUACUGUCAGACAAUUGUCUCUACUGUAGGUACGGAAUUGAAUAGAUUAUAUGAUCUGUUUAAACAAAGAAAUCCCAAUUUUACUGGCGGGGUAUCUCUAGGUGGCCACAGUUUAGGAAGUCUCAUACUUUUCGAUUUGUUAUGUCAUCAACUUCCUUCUUCAGAAACUGAAUGUGAAGAUAAAGAAGAAAUACUAUCUAGUAGCCCAGGUACGACCAAGCCAGCUCCUCUACAAAGAAAAAUGAGUAAGAGGAUAAGUUACAUGAUGGGAGCUAUAGGAACCGGUCAACCGCAGAUACAUUAUCCUCAUCUUAAUUUUGAACCAAAGAAUUUUUUCGCUUUGGGAUCACCCAUAGGUAUGUUUGUUAUUGUAAGAGGUUUGGAUACUUUGGGUGAAAGUUUUUCGUUGCCGACUUGCCCAGCUUUUUUCAAUAUUUUCCAUCCUUACGAUCCGAUUGCAUACAGAAUCGAGUCUCUUAUUAAACCAGAGUUUGCAAAUUUAAAACCAGUAUUAAUUCCACAUCAUAAAGGCCGCAAGAGAAUACAUUUAGAAUUAAAAGAAACAAUGGUGCGUGUAGGAGCUGACUUGAAACAAAAAGUUAUAGAUUCUAUGCGAAACACUUGGAAUACAUUCUAUCACUUAGCAACGUUCCACAAACAAACUCCUCCAAGCUUGGAAGAAGAGGUUUCCAAAGUGUUCAAUGAACAAAUUGAAGAAAAAGUUGAACUUGAGAAUGAUACUAUUUUAGAAUCCACCAGUACUCCAAUCGGUAAUUUAAAUGGUGGCAGACGAAUUGAUUAUGUACUUCAAGAAGCUCCAUUUGAAAUUAUUGACUAUGUAUUCGCUUUACAAAGUCAUGUUUGCUAUUGGGAGUCUGAAGACACAAUAUUACUCAUGUUAAAGGAAAUAUAUUCUUCUAUGGAUAUUACCAGUGAUAGCCAAAUUCCACAGCAAACCAUGACGAUAGAAAGACCUAUGCAUUCCUCUACAAGUAGUAGAGUAGUACCAAAACCAUCUGUAUCAUUGCAAAACAAUCAGCAACCUACAGGAAUGGAUCCUACUACACCUAUAACUGUGAAUGACCCUCUCCGACCUCCACCUACUACCGGUUUCGUCCGGAAAACCUAAUACAUGCUAUUCGAGUGGUUUUAUAAGCCACUUGCCGAAAGAUACGCCCCGUAUUUAUUGCACACCAAUUUUCAAUCUAACAUUAAACGAAGAAAACUACCGAGGUAAACGUACGUACUAUUGGUAUAAUAUGGUAGCCAAUAAAGGUCAAAAUCGACUAACUACCUCAACGUUUCUACUAUUGCACUAUUAAGAAUAAAAUAAUCCAUUCACUCGAAUCAACUCGGUUCCAUUUUUAAAUACUGCUCUAGAAUAUAAACUCCAUUUUUUAUUAACAGAACACCCUAUUUGGGGCUUAAAAGGUCGAUACUUUCCCGGGGGAAUUGGGUUGCUCCCUGAAACAUUGUCAUUUAACCGGCGCUAAGGUCCUUUGAGAACCAGGGCUUUCUCAACAAUCGACUGCCAUUUCUUUCUGUCCUGAGCAUGGUGCCUCCAACCCCUAGCUGGGUUAGGUCCGCUUCAACCUCCUCCAAUACAUGGUUCAGAGUGAGUAUCAUCUCCACGUGUCUUAGCCAUCUCAAACGCGCCCCCCGGAUGAACGCCACCAAAUCUGUCUCAGCGCAGCAUUCUCCAGAUCCUCCACGCACCAUUCUCGCAAACAGGGUCAGAAUUUUACGUUCCCAGCUGUUCAAAAUCCGCUCACUCAGUUUAGUCUAGCAUCCACAUGUGACUACGACGAAUUAUUGUCUUGUGAAUUCCGAGCUUGACCUUGGUGAGUGCCCUCUAAACUUCAGAGCUCUCUGGACUGCCCAAAAUAAUCUGUUCCCCGCAGCAACUCUUGUUGUCACUUCAUUAUCUUCAGUUAUCAAUGCUCGAAAAUAUUUGAAUUGGUGGCACUACUCUCUAACUUGGAACGUGGUUUGGGAGGUCGGGGCUCUCCUUCAGGUUCUCAUGUACAUGGUUUUCUGUUUGGUACAUGGUUUUCAAUAACUUGUAUUUUGAAACAAAUUCGAACAGUUUUGGAAAACUUGCAAGACUGUGAUUUUACACAGAAAUGUAUUUUUUAUAAAAGUAUUUGUUAGAUAUUUUUCAGAAUUUUAAAAGAUCUCCCGAUAAUUUUAUUUUUAUAAGCUUUGUUCGCGGUAGAUAUCCCGAACGUGCCCUGGCACCAGAUUCAUACGCAUUUUGAAAUAGUGCGUUCGCAGUGCUAAUAUAACUUGUUCGGGAUUUAAAAUUCUGUGUUCGCGGAGCACACAUUUAUAAUUCCGAACGUGUUCUGAAUACGUCGAAUGUAUCCUCGGACUUGGGUAAGAAUUUUCAAUCCGGCGCAUGUGCAUUCAUUCUUGUGAUAUUUACCACGAAAUAACCUCUAACGAACAUGUUCUGAACAAAGCAUGCGCAUUUCACACAUCCAGGAAUGUGUCUAAAUUAUAUACCGUGAACAAAGAUAUAGAGUUAGUUUUCUUUCUAAUAAUUGAGCUGAAAAGCAGCCUCGAUUGGGAGUAAAAUAUUCAUAAGAGGAUGCCGUUUAACCUUAAUCUAAUGUCGAUAAUGAAAAUUUUUUCAAAUUAGGAUUUAAACAACAAAAAUACAUUUUUUUAUGAAAUUACUGUGAGAUCUUUUAUUCUCCUUAUAAUUCCAUGUUGUGGGUUGAUAUAAAUUUAGGAGUUUUGUGUUAUUGUUAAUUUGAUAGUUUAUUAAUGUUUUGAAAUUGGGUUGUGUUAUUUUAUUUGUCAAACGUUAAAUAGAUUUUUAUAUUUUU